AUGGAUCUUUUAAGUAAGAUUUAUCAAACUCCAAGCGUAAAGGGCUCAAAAAUUCUCCCUGCGGUGAUGAAACAAAAUUGGCUCCUUUCACCAUUUUUCUUGUUGUCUUUAGUUCACAUUUGCCUGUCAGUACAAACAAAUUAUGCUCCAUAUUUUUUUGAUAACGGAGCUGGAAGCACUAAUGGGAACAUGGCACUGCUAAACCUCUCUGAAGAUACGCCUGUAGGUACUCAUAUCUAUUCAUUAAAUGGAAGCGACCCAGAGGGCUACCCUGUGACUUAUGGCCUGACCUUUGACCCUGGGUUAAAACGUUAUUUUGUUGUGGAUCCCCUCCAUGGAAAUGUCACCUUAAUUGAGGAACUUGACAGAGAGAAGCAGGAUGAGAUUGAAGCAAUUGUCAUCAUAUCAGAUGGGCUCAAUACUGUUGCCGAGAAAGUGAGGAUUCUCAUAACCGAUGCGAACGACGAGAGCCCAGAGUUCCUUAAUACACCGUAUAUUGUGAAUGUGCCAGAGGACACUCCUCCAGGAAGCAGCAUUUUCCAGGUACAGGCACUGGACAAAGACACAGGGUCUGGUGGGAGCAUCACGUAUCUCAUACAGAACACCCAUAUGACCAAAUUUACGAUUGAUCGUCACAGUGGAAUUUUGAGGAUAAAAGAGGGGGUGUCUCUGGACUUCGAAAAGUCAAGAACUCAUUUUGUAACAAUAUUAGCAAAGGAUGGAGGUGGUAAACUGCUGGGGAAAUACCAAGUUCUUUCAUCAACUACUACAGUGACGAUCAAUGUUGAAGAUGUGCAGGAUUCGCCUCCAGUAUUUCUAGGGACGCCAUACUAUGCGUAUGUUUACGAGGACACCGUGAUGGGAUCUGAAAUAAUUACAGUGACAGCUUAUGAUGGAGACAGAGGAAACCCCAAUGCUGUAUAUUACACCCUUCUGGAUGGAGGCAGUGGUGCUUUUGCUAUCAACAAUGACACAGGAGAUGUAACAGUUAUAAAGAAUCCCAAUGAACUGAAGAAGGAAGUUUAUGAAUUAAAAAUCAAGGUGUCAGAAGUGUCUCCAGAAGGGAAUGUGGUUGCUCACGUAUUCACAGUGGUUACUGUCAGAGUGGUUGACCUCAACAACCACCCACCAACUUUUUAUGGAGAAAAUGGACCUCAGAACCAAUUUGAACUUACAAUGUACGAGCACCCACCAGAGGGGGAGAUACUAAGAGGACUUAAAAUUACUGUCAAUGAUUCUGAUCAGGGGGCAAAUGCUAAAUUUAACCUGCGUUUGGUUGGAACUGCUGGUAUUUUUCGUGUGGUGCCGCAAACUGUUUUAAACGAGGCUCAGGUGACAAUAAUAGUAGAAAAUUCUGCCGGAAUUGACUACGAGAAAUUCCAUUUCCUUACUUUUAAGCUUCUUGCCAUUGAAGUCAAUACUCCUGAAAAAUUUAGCUCUACAGCUGAUAUAACCAUUCAUCUUUUGGAUAUUAAUGAUAAUGCUCCAACGUUCCCUUCAGAGUAUUACAUUGCCAGGAUCCCAGAAAACUCUCCAGGUGGUUCCAAUGUAGUAGCUGCAACAGCCACUGACUUGGACUCAGGACUUUGGGGUGAUAUCAAAUAUUCAAUAUAUGGUGCAGGGUCGGAUCCUUUCCUAAUUCACCCCUCCACAGGGAUCAUCUAUACGCAGCCUUGGGCCACAUUAGAUGCAGAAAUCACUUCCAAAUAUAAUUUUUAUGUCAAAGCCGAGGACACGGAUGGGAAGUACAGCUUGACUGAGGUGUUUGUCACUGUGCUUGAUGUUAAUGACCAUUCUCCAGAGUUCAAUGAAAAUAUACAGGAAAAAACAAUGGUCAUUGGCACACCUGUAAAAAUCGAGGCAACAGACCAAGAUGCAGAGGAACCAAAUAAUAUUGUAGAUUAUUCCAUCAUGCAAGCUGAUCCGGCGAAUGUCUUUGACAUCAACGAAAACACAGGGGAAAUCAAUCUAAAAUCUUACAUCCGAUCCCUUGAUAUAAUUCAGAACAUCACACGCAAUAAGGACUGCAAGUGGUCUGUGGUCGUCCAAGCAAAAGACAGAGGAUCUCCUUCCUUCAGUACCACUGCUGUAGUAAAGAUUGAUGUAACCGAGGAGACUCUUCUUCAUAAAGGGCCUAUGGCUGCCUUUUUGAUGCAAAGUAAAGAUAACCCUAUGAAAGCCUUAGGAGUCCUAGCGGGUGUUAUGGCUAUCAUGGUGGUCAUUACAAUCUUCAUCUCUACUGCCAUGUUUUGGCGCAAUAAAAAGACCAAUAAGGUUAUGCCACUGAGAAGGAUCAUAAAGCGACGUAAAAUGGACAACCCCCCAAGAACUGCCAGAACAGAGUGGCUGAAGUUCAAGAAAUCUCAUGGAUCUGCUGAGAAAUUUACUGUUCAGGAAAUGGAAAGUGGUCUUCUAAAUGAUAACGGCAACAACAACAGUCAAGUUAUCCCACUUCCUCCACAUGCCCCCUCUCCUCCUCCACCACCUCGUCUUGUGCCCAGGAUGAGUAAAACAGAAUGGAACCUACCUACAGUUUCAGGAUCCUUGACCCCAAAGAUCAUAGAUCAGCAAAUGAAGGAAAAAGUUCCCACCGUAAGCACUGCCCUCGUCUCUGAACUGAAACAGAUGUUAGAGAGGAAACAUGCUGAGAAUUCAUUAACAUUCUAUUAG